AUGCUCUCCCCUUCGUGCAUCCGGAUCCCUGGGGACGGAUUGGGUGUCGGCCCGUCGUCCCGACACGCCGCGAGCCCGGCUCGCUCCUCGGCAUGGCGCCAGUUCAGGCCCUUCCUGCCCUGCCGCCCCGCAAGAUUCCCCUGCCCGACCGUGGCCUCGACCUCUGAUGCCCCCGGAUCCACGGCCUUCAAGGUGAACGUCCAGGGCAGGCACAUCACCCUGACCCCCUCCCUGAAGCAGCAUGCCGAGUCCAAGGUGAUCAAGGCCCUGCAAAAGUACGACAACGCCGUCAAGGAGGUGGACAUCAAGCUGUCGGUGGGCGGGCGGGGCAAGGAGGCGCACCACCAGCGCCAGCAGACCGCGGAGGUGACGGUCCGCACGCUGCGCCACGGCGUCGUGCGCGUGGAGGACACCGAGGACGACCUGCACGCCGCGGUUGACCUGGUGGUGGACAAGCUGCGGCGCAAGAUGUCCAAGCUGAAGGGCAAGGCCCUGGCGCGCAGCGACUGGCCGGGCAGGGGCGGCGGCAAGGGCGGGCCCUCCCUCUCCGACGUCCUGCCGGAGGACGGGGACGAGGCAGCGGAGACCCUGGACCUCAACGCCGAGCCGCCGGUGCUACCGGAGAUCGUGAGGGAGAAGAUCGUGUUCAUGGAGAAGCUGCUGACCGUCAGCGAGGCGGUGGUGCAGAUGGAGCAAGGCGAGCAGGGUUUCUUUGGGUUUGGUGGAGUGGGCCACGACUUUUACGUUUUCCAGGACUCUGCGGACCGCAUGCUCAAGAUAGUUUACCGCAGGAAGUCCGAGGGCUACGGCCUGUUCGCCGCGGAGCCUCCUGUGGCCACUGCAUCCACAUCGGCUCCAGGAUCCGGGUAUCAAGCCCCCUCCAGCCCGGGAGCUUCCGCCUCGCCCGUCGGGUAUGGACCCACCAGCAACACCCUGGACGAGCCCAUCGGGGACACCAUCAAGCGCGACCUCAAACGCAUCUAUAAGAACCUGGUCAUGGUGGUCUUCCCCUUCAAGGAUCGGAGCCAGCAGACUGCGGCCCUGCGCAACUGGGACCUGUGGGGUCCCAUGGUAUUCACAAUCGCACUAGCCAUUGCCCUGGCGGUCGGACCUAAUAAAGACAUGUCGGCCACCUUUUCGCUCGUCUUCGCCCUGGUGUCGGUGGGCGCCAUCGUGCUGACACUGAACGCGGUGCUGCUGGGGGGCACCAUCGGCUUCUUCCAGUCCCUCUGCCUCCUGGGCUACUGCAUCUUCCCCCUCACCGUCGUCGCCCUGGUGUGCAUGGGCGUCACCUCCCUCCUCGCGCGCUGGAUCAUCGUGCCCCUGGGCAUCGCCUGGUGCGCCUGGGCCAGCGUCCCCUUCAUCGGCGGCGCCGUGCCCGCCAACCGCCGCGCGCUGGCCGUCUUCCCCCUGGUCCUCCUCUACACCACCCUCGGCUGGCUCGCCCUCAUAUCCUGA